AUGGGCUACCCCGAGGUAGAGCGCAGGGAACCUCUGCCCAUGGCAGCGCCGCGGGAACGGGGAAGCCAGGGCUGCGGCUGUCGCGGGGCCCCUGCCCGGGCGGGCGAAGGGAACAGCUGCCGGCUCUUCCUGGGUUUCUUUGGCCUCUCGCUGGCCCUCCACCUGCUGACGUUGUGCUGCUACCUGGAGUUGCGCUCCGAGUUGCGGCGGGAACGGGGAGCCGAGUCCCGCCUUGGCUCCGGCACCCCUGGCACCUCUGGCACCCUGAGCAGCCCCAGUGGCCUCGACCCUGAUGGUCCCAUCACCCGCCACUUCGGGCAGCCACCACCGCAGCAGCAGCCUCUGGAACCGGGCGAAACCACACUCCCCCCACACUCCCAGGACGGGCACCAGGUGGCCCUUCUGAAUUUCUUCUUUCCUGAAGAAAAAUCAUACUCUGAAGAGGAAAGCAGGCGUGUUCGCCGUAAUAAAAGAAGCAAAAGCAGUGAAGGAGCAGAUGGUCCAGUUAAAAACAAGAAAAAGGGAAAGAAGGCAGGACCUCCUGGGCCCAAUGGCCCUCCAGGACCUCCAGGACCUCCAGGACCCCAAGGACCCCCAGGAAUUCCUGGAAUUCCUGGAAUUCCAGGAACAACUGUUAUGGGACCACCUGGCCCUCCAGGUCCUCCUGGUCCUCAAGGACCCCCUGGCCUCCAGGGACCUUCUGGUGCUGCUGAUAAAGCUGGACCUCGAGAAAACCAGCCAGCUGUGGUGCAUCUACAGGGCCAAGGGUCAGCAAUUCAAGUCAAGAAUGAUCUUUCAGGUGGAGUGCUCAAUGACUGGUCUCGCAUCACUAUGAACCCCAAGGUGUUUAAGCUACAUCCCCGAAGCGGGGAGUUGGAGGUACUGGUGGACGGCACCUACUUCAUCUAUAGUCAGGUAGAAGUAUACUACAUCAACUUCACUGACUUUGCCAGCUAUGAGGUGGUGGUGGAUGAGAAACCCUUCCUUCAGUGCACCCGCAGCAUCGAGACAGGGAAGACCAACUACAACACUUGUUACACCGCCGGCGUCUGCCUCCUCAAAGCCCGGCAGAAGAUUGCCGUGAAGAUGGUGCAUGCUGACAUCUCUAUCAAUAUGAGCAAGCACACCACCUUCUUUGGGGCCAUCAGGCUGGGCGAGGCCCCUGCGUCCUAG